AUGCCGACUAUAUUUAAAAGAAAUAGUCAAUCAGCAAAAAAGAAACUUUCAUUACUUUUAAAUAAUGCGGAUUUUGAACUUUGUCAAGCACCAAAUGAAAAUGAAAUGUCUGAAGUUACACAAAAUUCAAACACUGAAGGCGAUAGCAAUACAAAUCAAUCAGAAAUAGUAACAUCCGAUAAUACUCUUAUUGAUCGACAAGAAUCAUCUUGUUCAACAACACCUCAGAGAAAACAUAUAAUUGAUCAAUUGAAAAAUCGAUUUACAACAUGUAGAUAUGACAAUCCAAAGAAAGAUGAAAAUGAGAGUGAUAAAAAUCGAGGUUUUCUAUUAAUUAAUCAAGCUGAUGAUGAUAUCGUUUAUAUACAAAAUGAUAAUGCUGAUCAACAACAUACACGUCAUUCUGAACCAUGUGAACAUGGACGAAUAGAUGAAGAUAAUGCUCAUGUUAACCAAGCUCAAUUAGUACCAACUACACCAAUAACACCUAGUUUAUCACCACCACAACCAUCACCAUUAGCUUUUGCUAUAUCACCCGUGGUUAAUCGUAAGUAA